AUGUCGACCACGGCCUAUCCACUCUCAUCAAGAGACGCCCUACUUCAGGCGUACCAAUCUCAGUCGCUGCACGAUGUACCGAUGCCAGCAGCGGUUAUAGAUGUGGCAAAGGUAAAGGCAAACUGUGUUGCUAUGCUAAAUGCUGUCAAAGAGCUGGGUGUCAGUUUCAGAGCUCACGUCAAGACUCACAAAACAACAGAAAUUACAAGGAUCCAGGUCGGCGAAGAUUGCAAUGACGUGAGGUUGAUCGUGUCGACCAUUAUCGAAGCAGAGCAGUUGGUCCCUCUUCUGCUGGAAUAUAAAGGUCGGAAUGCAAAGAUCAACGUCUUAUAUGGCGUCCCUUUAGGCCCUUCACAUGUGGACCGGCUCGCUGCCGUGGCUCGUCAGCUUGGUGCAGGAUCCAUCACGGUCAUGAUUGACCAUCCAGAACAGUUGAAGUGCUUGCCGUCGUUCAAAGAAAAAGCCGGAUUUCCCGCCCUGGUUUUUAUAAAGACCGACUCGGGCUACCACAGAGCUGGUCUGAGUCCAGAGUCGAGAGAUAUGAUGGAUCUUGUGAAAGCAGUCAGUAUCAACGAACAGCAAGGCCACCUCUGGUUGCUCGGCUUUUAUUCACAUAACAGUCUCAGCUAUGGCGGCUCGUCCCCAGACGAUGCGAUGGACAACCUCAAGGUCGAAAUCGAUGUCUGCCGGGAAGCUUCCCAGCACUUUAAGCGAGACGGCCAGAAAGCGCUUCUCGUUUCUGUUGGAGCAUCUCCCACUGCUCUCUCUCUGCAGAACAUUCUACCUUCAUCGGCCAGUUCUACCCCCUCCGCUAAUGCUCUUAAGGACACGCUUGAGUUGACCAAAUCUAACCUGGAGCUUGAAGUCCAUGCUGGCGUCUACCCCAUCUUCGACAUUCAGCAGGUGGCUGCCAGCAGUCGCAGCUUUACCUCUGAUCCUCAUGAUACUAUUGCGGUAUCUGUGCUCGCUGAAGUCUGCUCUCUGUACCCCAACCGAACUGAACAGCCUGAAGCACUGAUCUCCGCCGGUGCUCUGGCACUGGCGAGAGAACCUUGCAAGGACUAUUCUGGGUGGGGUGUUGUAAGUCCGUGGAAUAUGCCGGGUGAUUAUGGCACGACAAAGAAAGAUCGCAUCAUUGUGAGUCGGAUAAGUCAGGAGCACGGCAUCUUGGCUUUUGAAGACAACAGUAUAGAGAACCGACAACUGUCUUUGCAGUAUGGACAAAAGCUGCGCAUUUGGCCGAAUCAUGCAUGUAUCACUCUGGCCAUGUUCAGCUGGUAUUUUAUCAUCGAUACGGAGACCGACACUCCGGACAAGAUUGUUGAUAUCUGGAUAAGAUGGCGAGGCUGGUAA